UAAGUAUAACCUUCAAAUUACCAUUUCCCGAAGCCGCCACCUCUGUGAAGAAAAAAGAUGCGAGUUCUUAGGAACAGACUAUCCCGAGCUCUCUACUCAGCUGCUGUUUCUUCUUCUUCAGCUUCAUCCGGUUCGUCUCACUGCGCUUCCACAAAGUUUUCAAGAGCUCUUUCAACUUGUAUUCAUUCCAAACAGUCGCUUCCCUCGCCGUAUCGCGAAUCUCAGGAUCCUCUCUUUGCUUCGCCGUGGUCCGCCACUCAAGUUCGUGGUGCCAAAUCUCGCGGCGCCGAUUUGAAGCCAGGAAAUGUGAUUGAGAAAAAAGGAAGGAUUUAUGAGGUGGUAAAGGCACAACACACAACCCAAGGAAGAGGAGGAGCUAUUAUACAGGUGGAGCUCCGUGAUGUUGAUAGUGGAAGCAAGUCUAAUGAAAGAUUUCGUACAGAUGAACCUGUUGAAAGAGUAUUUGUUACAGAAAAGAGUUUCACGUACCUGUAUACAGAUGAUGAAACCGGAAACAUUGUGCUAAUGGAGCCUAAGACCUAUGAGCAACUAGAUGUACCAAAACACUUGUUUGGUGAAUCUCAUGUCUACCUUCAAGAUGAUAUGAAAGUCAGUGUGCAAAUGUAUGAUGGAAGAGCAAUGUCUGCAUCAAUUCCUACACGAGUAACAUGUACUGUUGCUGAAUCCGAAAUACCCAUGAGGGCGUCAGCUACUCCACAGUAUAAGAAGGUUUUGUUGGACAAUGGUGUCACUGUGCAGGUACCAAAACAUAUCUUAGAAGGGGACAAGAUUAUCGUUAACACCACCGACAACUCUUACAUGAGCAGAGCAUAGGAGCAGGACUUUAUUGGAUAUUCUUCUGAAUGAGAGCGACUGGCGAAUCAUCGAUUAUUGACAAGCAAGGUUUUGAGUUAAAUCUACUAUUGACAAAUAGUUGGAGUUCAUUAGAAUCACAAAUUACAGUACAUUGUUUUUUGGCAGUGUUUUUACAUGAGAAGCAUAUCUUAAAAGUGCGAUUUUAAGUUUGUCAUACAGCCUUAACUUAUGUGGUACUACAGGGGGCAGAGUAUUUAUCGGAAUAAAGAUCACCCCAAUUGAUGCUGUUUUGCUGCCUCCUGUGUUUAAGCAUCUUUGGGUCCUGACAAGAAUCUUCAUAUUUA